AUAUUAGAGUUUCAACCCCCAAUAAAUAUGAGACCGGGGAUGUCUGAGGUUCAGUCUGCCCUCGAGCCCACCAGGAACGAAAGAGAGCUCCAUCUGCCUUCCAGGAACCCAGCUAUGAACUCCCUCUCCACAAUCGCCUUCUCCCUGGGGCUGCUCCUGGUGAUGACUACUGCUUUCCCUACCCCGGGACCCCUGGGCGAAGAUUGCAAAGAUGAUACCACCUCAGGCAGACUACUCCUCACCUCUCCAGACAAAACUGAAGCUCUCAUUAAGUACAUCCUCGGCAAAAUCUCUGCAAUGAGAAAGGAGAUGUGUGAGAAGUAUGACAAGUGUGAAAACAGCAAGGAGGCACUGGCAGAAAACAACCUGAACCUUCCAAAAAUGGCAGAAAAAGACGGAUGCUUCCAAUCUGGGUUCAAUCAGGAGACUUGCUUGAUGAGAGUCACCACCGGUCUUCUGGAGUAUCAGAUAUACCUGGACUACCUCCAGAACGAGUAUGAGGGCGAUAAGGGAAGCAUCGAGGCUGUGCAGAUUAGUAUCAAAGCACUGGUCCAGAUCCUGAGGCAAAAGGUAAAGAAUCCAGAUGAAGUAACCACCCCUGACCCAACUACAAAUGCCAGCCUGCUGAAUAAUCUGCAGUCACAGAACGAUGACUGGAUGAAGAACACAAAGAUUAUCCUCAUCCUGCGAAGCCUUGAGAAUUUCCUGCAGUUCAGCCUGAGGGCUAUUCGGAUAAAGUAGCUGGGGCACCUAAGAUUGCUGUAGUUCAUGGGCAUUCCCUCCUCUUGUCAGAAACCUGUCCACUGGGCACAUAACUUAUGUUGUUCUCUAUGAAGAACUAAAAGUAUGAGCGUUAGGACACUAUUUUAAUUAUUUUUAAUUUAUUGAUAUUUAAAUAUGUGAUAUCGAGUUAAUUUAUAUAAGUGAUAGAUAUUUAUAUUUUUAUGAAGUGCCUCUUGAAAUAUUUUAUGUACUUGUUUUGAAAAAGUAACACAAAAUGGCUAUGCGGCUUGAAUAUCCUUGUUGUUUCGGAGCCAGAUCAUUUCUUGGAUGUGUAGGCUUACCUCAAAAAAAAUGCUAACUUAUACAUAUUUUAAAAGAAAUAUUUAUAUUGUAUUUAUAUAAUGUUUAAGUUGUUUUUAUACCAAU